CACCUUUCAACAUCACCAGUCUGAACUUACAAUACUUAAGUCCUGGCAAGUCAUAGGUGGGGAAAAUGUCUCUCCCAAGAUUCCAAAGAGUAAACUUUGGGCCAUAUGAUAAUUACAUUCCAGUCAGUGAAUUAAGCAAAAAAUCAUGGAAUCAGCAACACUUUGCCCUGUUAUUUCCCAAACCACAACGGCCAGGAACCAAAAGGAGAUCAAAACCUUCUCAAAUACGGGACAAUACGGUUCCUAUAAUUGAUGAAGAAAAAUUUAGAGGAGGUCAUAGACAACCAUUAUGGAUGUACCGUUCUUUAAUGAGAAUUUCUGAGAGACCAUCCGUUUAUUUAGCUGCCAGGAGGCAGCCUCUCAAACCAACUCAUGCUGCCAAGGUGGAUUCUAAAGCCGCAGAGAUUGGUAAAAAAGGUGAAGACAAGACAACACAGAAGGGCACAACAGAUUCUGAAUCAGAAUUAAAACAAGGAAAAAAAGAUUCAAAGGAAGGCAAGGAUGAAGAGAAAGGAAAAGAUGAAAAGCUAGUUGCAAAGAAAGAUAGCAAAAAGGGUAAAAAGGCUGCAGAGAAGGGCAAAGACUCAGCUACAGAAUCUGAAGAUGAAAAAGGAGGUGCAAAGAAAGAUGACAAAAAAGAUAAAAAGGAUUCAAAGAAAGGCAAAGACUCAGCAACAGAAUCUGAAGAUGAAAAAGGAAGUGCAAAGAAAGAUAGCACAAAAGAUAAAAAGGAUUCAAAGAAAGGCAAAGACUCAGCAACAGAAUCUGAAGAUGAAAAAGGAGGUACAAAGAAAGAUAGCAAAAAAGGCAAAAAGGAUUCAAAGAAGGGCAAGGAUUCAGGCACAGAAUUAGAAGCCGUAAAAGCAGAUGAAAAAAAGGAUGAGGACGGAAAAAAAGAUGCAAACAAAGGUGAUGAAUCAAAGGAGGCCAAGAAGGAUUCCAAGAAAGAUGCAAAGGAGAGUAAAAAAGGUAAGAAAGAUAAGAAGCCCAGUAGUACGGACAGUGACUCAAAGGAUGAUGUCAAGAAAGAGUCUAAGAAGGAUGCCAAGAAAGAUGCCAAGAAAGUUACUAACAAAGAAUCUGCUGAGUCAAAGAAGGAUGAAAAGAAAGAUGCAAAGAAGGAUGCAAAGAAAGAUGAAAAGAAGGAUGCAAAGAAGGAUGCAAAGAAGAAGGGCAAGUAGAACUUGGAUUAGAAUUCACACUGCAAGAAUAAUUCAAAAGCAUAUCUGACGAAACAAUAGUGGUAGUCUGCAACUGAAUUUGUGAGAAACCAAGAGGGUUCAAAGAAUUAAAUAAUUUUUAAAAGGUAGUAAAGAGGAAUACAAAGGAGAACUCAGAAGAGAUUUAUAAAAAUGUAUAAGAAAGAUGUCAAGAAAAAUUAAGGGGGUAUCCAUUGAAAGACUUGAAGAAUAUACUUACUCAAAUUUGGGGAUAUGAAGAAUUCAAUGAAUGAUCUCUAGAAAGAUUUAAAGAAUAUUCAGAUAAGGAUGUUGAAGAUAAUGACAUUAAAUCUAUGAAGACACACACACAGUUUAAUGAAGGCUUAAAAAAUCCAAGGAGACAGAUGUUGUAUCUAUAAAUUUAAAAUAAUCUCAAGCUGCAUCCACAGAUUUAAAGAAAUAUAGGAGCCAAGAAAUGAAGUUAAACAGCUUAUAGAAAGUCUGCUCUCAAGUAAAUGUAGCAUUCCUUUGAAAAAAAAAAAAAAGUAAAAGAAAAGAAAAAAAAUGUAUUACCGCCUGAUGAGCCUACAUCUUUCUUCCUGAAGUUUAAACAACCACAAUCAUGUUUAUGGUUCUUGGAUGUCCCACUUCCAACCCAAAAGAAACACACUUGAUCUACUACAGAAUUUGAGAAGGCAGUUGUUCUAUUCAUAAUUGCUCACCAUCAGCCUCUCCUGCUACUACUGUUUCUACUCUCUAUACACUUUGUGUCUGCUCAGACUACCAUGAAGAUGGAUUGGACAUUACACCACACUGGAAACGUGAAACAUCUCCUUCAGUUGGUGAUCUUCCUGUCAUGAAAGUUGCUUGACAGAUCUAAUUAUGAAUUGAACACAUUGAACACCUGGUGAAAUUAUCAAUUAAAAACAUCUACUCACCAUA